UGAUAUGGCCGAUGAGUACUUCCGCUGUGUUUUUUUGUCACCGGAUAUUGAAGGGCAUUUAGCGAGGGUGACUACUGCUGUCACAAUCCCAAGUGCUUCGGCCGAGCAUAUGGGCGAGUAGUGACUGUAGGUGACAGGGGCUGCCAGACAGACACCAGGAAACAUGUUUCUGACUAAUAUACUCUUUCGGAAAGGAAUCCCGGGUCGCCAGUGGAUUGGAAAGUACAGGAGGCCCAGGCCUGUGACCUGGCAGAUGAAGCGAUCUAUGAUCAAGCGCCUGGAGAUAGAAGCAGAAACGGAAUACUGGAUAAGUCGCCCUUAUAUGACCAAGGAACAGGAAUUCGGCCAUGCCGCAGAGAGACGACAGAACGAAUGGGAGGCCAUGAAGAACUUGCGCAUAGCUAAUUUCCCUAGCCACAAAUAUUUGCAAGACCACUUAGAUCAUUUAAAUGUGACCAAAAAAUGGUCAAUGUCUUGAUUUGUAAUCAAAUAAACCCUUUUUUGUUUAA